GAUUGCUUGGCGCUGGGCGGGAGAGGGGCGCCAGGCGUCAUUGGGCGUCCCCUCUCAUCAGAAUCAACCAGGAAACUUGACACCUCCGGGCUCGGGAGCGGCCCGCCUCGCAGCCUGGGCGCAUGUAAACCGCAGCCGCGAGGCUCCCAAGCGCUGCACCCCAUCUCCGCGACUUGCCCCGCAGGUCAGCCCCCUGAGGACAUCAGCCAUAGCCCCAGGGCCCUAAUGGCAGCAGAACCACUGACUGAGCUGGAGGCAGCCAUUGAGACAGUGGUCACCACCUUCUUCACCUUUGCGGGUCAAGAGGGCCGGAAGGGCAGCCUCAGUGUCAAUGAAUUUAAGGAACUAGCCACUCAGCAGUUACCUCACCUGCUCAAGGAUGUGGGCUCCUUGGAUGAGAAGAUGAAGAACUUGGAUGUGAAUCAGGACUCAGAGCUCAAGUUCAAUGAGUACUGGAGAUUGAUUGGGGAGCUGGCCAAGGAGAUCAGAAAGGAGAAGGCCCUGGAGAUUAAGAAGAAGUAAAAUAAAGUCGGUUGGCCAGGAUGGGGCGGGCAGGGCAGGGCCAGGCAGAACUCCACUACCCCCAAAUAAA